ACAGUCGACAACUCAACUCUGAAUCUGCAGUCCAACAUAGCCGGGUGGAAGGGCGACCUGCUCGGCACGCUACCCAUCAUCUCGGAGAGCACGGCUCUGCUAGCCAGCAUCAACAAGGGCACCAAGUUGGCCAAGGCCAGCACGGCAGUCGACUUUCUCGGCGCCAUCGGCGUCGCCCUGGCCACCGUCAGCCUGGCCACCAGCGUCAACACGAGCCUGACGGCCGUCAUCGCCGCCAAGCACAAGUUCGACAAGCUCAAACUGAGCCCCGUCAUCCUCGUCGACCUCGACCUGCAGAAGAAGGCCACCACCGACAUGAGCAAUGCUAGUGCUGCACAGGUCCCCGCCGACCUGAAGGACCUGGCCGCGACUCUGGUUGAGCCUAUCUUCGCUGCCUUUGAUAAGGCCAUUGAUGUUUUCAACCCCUUCUGA